AUGGCUGAGCCUGGCAAACUGCAGGGCAGUGCGAUAAACGUGACACACAUAAGUCCCCCACCACCAGCAUUGCAUGUCACGUUGAAUGCUUCUAUCAUUUCAGGAGAACGAGAACCGGGUUGUAGUGAUGCUACAACUAGAACUCUGCCAUCACCUGCUCACCAUGCAGUGUCCGUUCAAUCGACUCCGAUCAUCACACCACUGCUCGAGCAACAUGAAACAUACACAUCAGUAUGGAACCGAAGGUACAUACACAAGUGGCGAUCUCCCUUCUUGAUGGUCCUUUUUUUCGUGCUAGGCGCUGCUGUGAGCAUCGCUCAUUGCGUGUUCUACCCAAAGCUCAACGGGAAAAUCGUCGGAGACUCCUACCAACAGGAAGAAAAGAUCAGAUUUGGCACUGCAUGCUCUUUCCUUGCCCAAAUCUGUUUAGGGGCCAGCGUCUGGACUGUGUACACCCAAUGGCUUUGGCGGACAGUGAAGCGGAAAGAGAUGACCAUUGAAGCAUGGAACGCCGCUUUCAGCGCCGAUACUUCUGUUUUGUCUUUGUUGAAUUGGGAAAUGCUGUGCAAGCUUCGUGUCGGUAGUGUGUUGGCGUUCUUUGCAUGGAGUCUGCUCUUGCCUCCCUUCUUCACUCCAGCGACACUUUUCAUCUACGAAAGUACUGCUGUGAUGGAGAUUAUCGCAGCUAUGCCGUACCCAAAUAUUGCACUCGGAACGACGGCCCACCGGUAUUCUUACUCACCACCUGUUCGUCGAGGAACUCGGCAAUACAUCGAUGAUCAGAGUCGAGUAUUUACUGGCCCAAGAACUCAACUGAGUCUGGUCUCUACGGCGGCUUCUUCGUUUGGGGAAAUCCUUCCUGCCGACCUACCAUACAACAACUCCGCAUACUCCGUACAAUUCUUUGCCCCGAUAAUAAAAUGCGAAGAGGCAGAUCAGAAUAUGAGCAUCAAGAUUGACUCAUACCUCCAGGAAGGUAUGGUCACAACGUGGGGAUCUGCAAAGGAAAGUGAUAGCGCUUACUUCGGCUUCGUGCCUACAUGGAACAGCACCAAAGAACUGUACGCAGUCUGGCAUCCCCGACAGCAGACACCCGCAAGUCCCUUGAAUCAACUCUGGUUGACUUUCUUGCGGCCGAGAAUAGACCAUUCUGGUGCAAGAGUCAAAGAUCGUCACUACCAGGUCUGUCAACCACACAAUGCGUCUUACAAUCUGGAGGUUUCUCAGUAUCAUGGUGUUCAGAACGUGACUGGAAAUUACACCACCGGCGAAACCGUUCCAUUCCCAACCGACGGCCUCGACAUCACAUCCAAUAUGACGCAGCAUGCUUACACCGCAUUCAUGUGGGUGCUUUGCGAUCAGCUCGUCGGCAAAUUGGCGUGGUACGUUGAAUCUAAUGCAAGUACAAGUCCUACCCGCGGCGCGAGUCAAUUUGGAAUCAUCGAAUCUCCCAUAUCACGUACCAGCCUCCUCGGAAGCCUCGAUCUUGACUCGUUCUUUGAGUUCGAUGAAGAAAAAGGUUUGUAUCAAGACCAGAACAUGUCUCAGGUAUACAAUUUUAGCGAUCAGCGGUUGAAGGAUAAAGCUCUUGCGCGAAACCGAACGUUAGACACGCUCAUCGAGGAACUGAGUUUCAACACGACCGUCAGUCUCAUGCAUAACAAAUUGUUCACCAAUCUGACUAAUACCACUGUUCGCCUGACCGACGAUGUGAACCGCUAUUCCUAUAAAGCGCGUGGUCUUUUCAUCCCUUACGCACUUGCGAACUUCUUCACGUUACUCUGCGUGCUCAUCGGCGCAUGGUCAUAUGUAUACGAUGACGUCCUUCCGGAUAAGAAGAUACAGGAUAUUAUCUACGCAGCUAGACCCGAACUGAGACAUGGCUCAAGGAGAUGGAGUGUGGUUGACGUGGAUGGUUCGCGUCGCUCGGUAACGAUCCAGGUAAUCCAAAACGACAGCCGAGUCGGGACUGAGGUGCAAGCGGAAAGGGUGAGUUGGCACAAAAUCCAGUGGGGAAGGGCUAUGUCGCAGCAAGCAAAAGAGGCGUCUCCCAGCUAA